AUGAGCCGCACGUUCCAUUUGCUGAUGCUCUUGCAUCUUGUGGGCUUCAGCUUUGCUCUGCCUUCGAGCAUCGAGGUUGAUCUCAUCUUCCCGCGAAACGACUCCGUUUACAAACCCGUUUGGCCUUUUCCCAUUGUUUUCGCCGUUCGCAAUGCCUCACAACUUUGGAUAUCCGACAACGAGUAUUUCGAGUUCUGGGUGAAAUGGGAUUUGACGGGCUACACCGACAUCAACGACUCAGAGACCGGGCAAUUGUUCUCAUCCGGUGUUUGGCAGACAGACAAGCGCAAUGAAACCACCAACAACACCAUCACGGUCAUCGAUGCCUCUCGCAGAGACUUGGUUAACGCAACACAACGGCAAUUCCAACUGAAAUACACGACGACAUUGUUCGCUUCCUGUCCCAUCAACGCGACGGGUGAAGGCGCGGAUUCAAAACCGCAAGACGUCUCUUACGCAGGCAAUGUAAUCUUUACGACGGACCCCAACGCCGGACAGCUUCCUGCCAUUGCCGACACAAACGCAUGCCCGGCUUUCGUUGGAAGUUUUGAGGUGACCGGCUCUCAAGAGGACUUGGGCACCCUUUGCCCUGUAGUGUCCUCGGACUCGCCAGCUUCGGAUGCUUGCGGGCUGAAGAUGGAUGAGGCCCUGGCGAACGAAGUCGAAGAGGCCAUGCUUGACCGCGCCAACUGUUCGCAAGGGACUUGGCCUGACCCUGAGGGAAAACUUUCAGCAAAAUCCUGUAAUGCGGCCAGCAGCAGUGGUGGCGCCAAGGUACUCGGCGCUCUUGACGCGAAGGUCUCGGCGCUCGUGUUGAUCUUGGCCGCGUCCUGGGCAUUAGUCUGA